AUGAAGGGCACGCUGCCAGCGUUGGCCUUGCUCGCUCUCCUGAUUGCGGCACGUGAAGGAAAAGGCGAAGGAAACACCGUGAAGCUCUGCGGGAGAGACUUCAUCAGAGCCAUCGUCUUCACCUGCGGUGGCUCUCGGUGGAAAAGGCAUUUGACUGAUUAUCACUACCUGUUCGAGAGUGAAAAUCCCCUGCCUUUCUCACAAGAGAACGGUGAUGCCAGCUCCUCGAUGUACAGGGACCAGAGGCUGGAGACUGACAGCGAGGAAAUCCACAACAUCAAGCCUGAGACCGAGCAAGACUUGCAACGCACCAGGAAAACGUCUAUGCUAAAAAAGCGUGAAGUAGCCAAGCUGCUUACCACAUCCUGCUGCAGCAUCGGCUGCAACGAGAGAAACAUCAGCUCCCUGUGCUAA